AUGCUCGCCCAUACUUUAUAUGACUGUAAGAAAUUCUUUGAUUUUAAGACGGAGAUUAUUAUGCAUAUGGCCGCGACCACGAGGUUUGAUGAGCCACUCCGAGUUGCCACAUUAAUCAAUGUACGAGGUGCAAGGGAGGCGUUACUCCUCGGGAAAGCCUGCAAGAAGCUCAAGUCCUAUGUCCACGUAUCAACGGCGUACGCGCAUGCAUGCGACUUCCGUAUCAACGGUGACGUGUUGGAAGAUUUCUACAAAAGUCCAGUUGACCCUGAAGCUCUCAUCAAGAUAGCGGAGACUACUGAUGAAGACAGAAUUAAUAAAUUUGCUGAUAAUUUGAUUACAAAUUGGCCGAACACGUAUUCGUUUGCUAAAGCCGUGGCCGAGGAGACAGUAAAGACAUUGGGCGAAGAUAUGCCUCUCUGCAUAGUGAGGCCUGCUAUAGUGGUACCUUCUAAACGAGAGCCGAGACCUGGCUGGGUGGAUAUAUCAAAUGUAUACGGUGCCAGUGGAACGGUGCUAGGAUCCUGCAUGGGACUCAUGCAUGCCCUCUACUCGGAUAACGUGACCCAAGUGGGUCUGAUUCCUGUGGAUUACGUAAAUAACACAAUUAUAGCCUCCGCCUAUGAGACCGCCAAAAGAAUAGCUGAUGGAGACAACAGCAUUAAGAUUUAUACUAUAACUGGGUCUACGAGGAAUCCUGCAGUAUGGGGCAAGUUACAUCAAAUUAUUUCCACCGAUGUCCGAAAAAUUAUGUCUCCUGCUGCCGUGUUCUACGGGUUUGCGUGGCAGACCACUAAUCCUAUCAUAUUCUGGAUAUACUCCUGGCUUCUACAUCUGAUACCUGCCUACGUUAUCGAUGCCAUCUGCUUCGCUAUUGGAAAGGAGAGGAGAUUCGUAAAACUAUAUAAGAAAAUGUACAAACUACAAGUAGUAUUAUCUUACUUCACCUGCUUUCAAUGGCGGUUUAUCGACGACAAUACUGCUAAACUCUUCGAUAGCUUAUCGGAAGCCGACCAAGCUAUCUUUGAAUUUGAUGUCAAAAAGAUCGAUUGGGGAGAAUACAUGUUGAUUUGGUAUUUAGGUAUAAGGAAAUAUGUAAUUAAAGAUGGUUUGCAAGGUACAGCGAAGGGAGUAAAAAUGCAAGAAGUUUUCAAGUAUCUUUUAUGUAUUAUAGCGCCUCUGUAUAUCUAUUCUUUAUAUAAGCUGCUGUAUUUUUCUUUGUUAGUGUUAUGUUAUACUGUAAGAUAUGUAUUAUCAAUAAAACUGUUUUAA